AUGGUUUGGGAACCGGUUCACUCGCCCAAAAUCAACAGUUUGGACAUCGAGGGGGUGCAUGGGAUCCUCCAAUUCUCCGGAGAGGAGGUUCUGAGCCCAUACGCAAAGUUCCAAUUCUUCGAAGUGCACGGUCGCGGCAACAACCUCCGUCUGGUGCAUAUAAGAUCCUGCUACAACAACAAAUACUGGAGGAGGGCAGACCAAAACAGUAGGUGGAUUGUAGCCGGGGCUGACGAGCGGCAGGCAGAUCAAAACCUUUGGUCAUGUACGCUCUUCGAGCCCAUCAUGAACAACAUAAACUCCUCCCAAAUCCGAUUGCGCCACGUGCACUCCGGUCAUUAUUUAAAGAUAUCCGCUACAAACGAAUGCCUCUUUAUAAGCCAAAACUUUGAUGUCUUCACAGUCAUCGACCGGAACGCGCUGGUGAUUCUUCCCGAGCAUCUUGCCUUCAAAGUCAACGUCAAUGGCAUUGGCAACUACCUCCGCAUCCAAAUCAUUGAUACACACCCAUAUCUGCAGUACUCAGCCACAGCUCCUACUGAACUAGAGAAGGAGAACAAGGUGGUCACCGCCGGUGAUGGAAGCGUUCGCAUAAAGUCCAUCUUCACUAAAAAGUUCUGGAGGCGCAACAGUAGCCGUCAUGAUAAUACUAGCAACAACUGGAUUUGGGCUGACUCAGACGACACCACCAACCGAGACUCAAACACGUUAUUUUGGCCAGUCAAGUUAGAAACCUCUACCGACCGCGACGUCAAUGUUGUUGUAGCUCUCCGCAACCUGGCCAACAAGAAGUUCUGCAACAGGAACAACGAUGUAAGCUGUCUGACUGCCGAUACUCCAAAUACAACUACCCCAGCUCCAGAGGCGCACCUGGCAGUCGAAGAGCUUGUUAUGUCCCGGACCAUCUCUGAUCUCAAUUUCCGCCUGGCCGAUGCCAGGAUCUAUAACCGCGAGAUCGACCAGAACAUGGCCGAGGUAGAAUACGUAAACCCCUCCCCCCAAAUACCGGCCUCUAAAACUCUCAAGCUCUUCUAUGAAGACGAAAGGACUAGUACUUGGAAUACCAGUGCCGACGACGUCUCUUUCACGGCCUUCAUCCAAACCACCCUCACCUCCGACACUCCAUUCGUCGUACAGGACGAGGGAGUCCGCAUCCGAGUUUCGGGUAACUUUAACGGAGCCUACCAGUGGGGUCAACACCUCAAAUCAAAAACUCAAAUUGAGCGUCGGUUCCCGGUUGUUGUGCCGCCAAGGCAUAAGGUGACGGUGAAACUGCUAGCAACAAAGGCUUCAUGCGACAUUCCCUUCUCCUACUCUCAGCGGGACACUCUUAUUAGCCAAACCCCGGCAAUUAUUACCUGCCUCAAGGAAGGUGGCCUUUACAGUGGUAAAAGUUUAUACAACUUCUACCACACGACAGAAACAGAACCGCUUCCAUGA